AAUCCCCUCUCUCCUUCUCACCCUUUCCUCCUUGCCAACGACCUUUUUCAGUUAUCACAGGUAAGUAACCUUUCUCUCUCUCUCUCUCUCUCUCUCUCUGAUUCCUGAGUUUUCUCCUCUUCACUUGUGACAGGGAAAAUGAAUUGAGCUUUUGUUAGAUGCGUUAUUGAGAAGUCAGAGAUGUUAGGGGGUGGAGGCAGCAACCUUCUUUAGAUAGAAACAGGGCAAAGAUUUAGCUGGAAGAAUCUUGUGACCCAUGAUAUGCAUCUCUUUGUCGGUCUGCAAAUAUAGAUCACUUAUCUAGGGACCUUGGUCGCGGUAAAUAACAAUUUGCAUGUCUUGCGUGGUAGUCAUUUUCUCUCAUUAUUUCCUUGCAUGGCUCACGAUGAUGUGAAUUUCUCCCUGAUAAGCUCUUGUCCAGUUUAGUCUGUCAAAGCGUGUUGUAGCAUACAGUGAUUAGAUUGUAGUCAUAUCGUCCCCGUUUCAGGAACUGAAUCUUUGUCAUAUUUAAAAUUGUGAUUAUAGUACAUAAAUGCAAAAUUCUGUUCACCUUUAGCUUAACUACAAUCUCUUGAGGUUCAUAGGUUAACUGAGGGAGAAUCAUGACUAGGAAGAAAGACAAAUUUUGGGAGUACGCAGAGCGUUUGGAUGGCCGAUUCCAGUGCAAUUUCUGUAAACGAGACUUUGCUGGGGGUGUCCCUAGAGUUAAGUCCCAUUUAUCUGGAAUCAGGGGGCGUGACAUAGACAUAUGCAAAAAGGUCCCUAGAGAUGUCCAGUUGGCUGCUGCUGCAACAAUAAAAGGUGUCAAUAAGAGACCCAAAACCGAAGCUUUCUCCAGUAAUUCUGAUGAAACCUCUUCAGAGAUAUAUGAGAAAAAUGAGGGCAGCAUGCUGGAUAAUUUGCUGGCAAAGUUCUUUCUAUUGAAUAAUAUCAAUUAUGGCGUCGUUGAAUCACCCUCCUUUGUUGAUUUUGUGAAUGCUCUGGCAACAUUUGGUACUUCUUAUAAUUUGCCGAGUUAUUCGACACUUAGAACUAUACUAGUUCCUAAUUUGCUCGGGGAAGUCAAAGAAAAUAUAAGGAGUGUGAAGGAAUCGUGGGGGGAAACCGGUUGUACCCUCAUCUCCGAUGUUUGGUGCGAUGAGAAAGAAAAUAAAUCCUUCGUCAAUAUCAUGGCCAACUCGUGGAGAGGGGCGAUGCUACUAAAUACCUUUGAAGUCCCUGUGAACAAGUUAACUAGUGACUUCAUGGAGGUGAUUGUGUGUUUUUCAAUCCAAACUAUAGGGGCUAACAAUGUUGUCCAAUACAUUGAUUGUUCUCAAAGUCUGGGAGGUAUUACUGGCACUUUGCUUGCUAAUAACUACCCUCACAUAUACGUGACUCGAUGCGUUGCUGCCGAGAUCCAGUCACUCUUUGAGGAAGUUUACAAUGAAGUCGAGUGGCUUCGGGUGGCAUUUGAUAAUGCUAAAUGUAUUGCAACUCAUAUAUACAAGCAUGACAACCUUUUGUCACUAAUGAGGAAGUACACCGACAAUAGGGAGUUGACGUGUCCUCUGAAGGGAGAGUUUUCCUCAAACUACAAUAUGCUGUCGUCUAUCAUGGAGGUGAAAAGUCAGCUACUUCAACUGGUGCAAUCAACUGAGUGGCUUUCAUUUGGUUAUGAUACGCAAGAUUUUGGAAGAGAAAUAGCUGAGACAAUUCGUAGUUCAGAGUUUUGGAAUCAAGGGCAAGAGAUAGCAAUGGCUCUGGAAUCGUUGUGCCUAGUUUUCAAUUUGGUUGAUAGGUAUCGUUCCACUUUUGGGUACUUGUAUGUUGCGAUGGAGAUGGCAACAGAAAAAAUAAGAAGAAUUUAUGAUGUCAAUCCAUCGAAGUACCAGAGGUUGUGGCAGAUUUUCAACUCAAGGAUGGCCAAGAUUGUUCAUCCAAUACAUGCAGCUGCGGCUUUUUUGAAUCCUGCAUAUAUGUCUAGUGAGAUGUUUAAAGAUAAGGCUAAGGUAAUAGACGUCAUGAACUUUGUCGUAAAGAACUUGGUAACGUACAAAGACAAAGAAGCUUUCGUGGAACAAAUGAUGCAGUAUGACAGUAGAGAACAGGAAGUAUUCUCAGACAUAGCGAAGAUAAUGUUCAAAACAUCUCAUCCAUGUCAAUGGUGGACUUACUGCGGUGAUAAGUUUCCCAUAUUAAGGAAGUACGCUAUCCGAAUCCUAAGUCAACCUUGCAGCAGUUCUCCCUGUAAACAGAGUCUGAGUUCAUUCAAGAGUGCCCAAAUUAAGCAGCAACAGAAACUUGCACUUGAAGCACCAUUUGAUCAUUUGUCUUUAAGGAUGAAUAUGAUCUUGGCCGACAAAUUGAAGGCAAGGGAUAUAUCCGAUAAGCCAGUUGAUCUUACAGAAUUGGGCAAGCUGAAUAUAAUAAGUCGGAUUUUCUUUGAUGAUUUGUUAAAUGAAGCAGGGAUUCCUCAUUUAGAUAUACAGCCAAGUGACAGUGAGCAAUAUCCAAGUCAGAAAUACUUACAGCUGCAAUUUAUAACAAGGAUUUCGCCUUUCCAAGUUACUGGUCAGGAAGUUAAAGGCGAACAUGGAUUUCCAAUCCAUGUUUUCCUGGUAGACCCUGUGACCUAUGAUGUCGUGCAAGACGAUAGAUUAUCAACACUAGAAUUGAUAGUUAUGGCGCUUCAAGGAGACUUUAAUGAGGAAGCUAGAAAUGACUGGACCAGGGAGGACUUUGAAGAAAAUGAGAUAACUAUGCAUGUCCCACUAAUGACUGGUGACCUGCAAGUGAACCUCAAGAAUGGGAUGGGAACAUUAGGAAAUUUUACAUUUAUUUACGACUCUAGCAUUGCGAGAAGUGGAAAGUCCAGGCUCGGAGUCAAAAUUGUUUGGCGGGAUGCUGAAGGGGUUCAUAUACGGGAGGGCAUAUCCAAUGCAUUUGUUGUAGAGGGUGUUGAGGUCACAAGGAAGCAUGAUGCUGCUGUCAAGCAGACAAGACUUCCAGAAGAUCCGCCGCCAGCAAGUGACGUCGACGCACUGGCAAGACUAUGGAGUCCUCUGCAGAAUAGUGCUGAGGGAGAGACAACGGAAUUCUACGAUCAGUUUUUUGAAUCUAUGUGGAAUGUUGGCGUCGAGUACAAGCAUAAGCAAAAGUACAUUGUCAAAUCAAGGCGGGCAGCAGUAAGAUGGCUCAAGCUGAAAGCCGUUUUCCAGUGGGCCAUUCUGAGGAGAAUUGUCAUGAGGAAAAGAGCUCAGAGAAUGGUUGUAUGGACCCAAGUGCGGAAGCGAUUGGAAGAAUGGAGUAAAGGUGUGAAUUGGAGUGCAGAAGAACACAAACUUUUUCUACUUGGUCUGCAGGAUUUGGGCAAAGAUGACUGGACAGGUAUCUCUGAGAAUUAUGUCAAAUCUAAGACACCUAUUCAAGUGGCAAGGCAUGCUAAAAAGUACUUCCAGGACACAUCAAGAUCUGGGAUCAACGAUGAGCAAGAAGUUCUAGAAAUGUCGGAGCAUCCUCGGCAAGAAGAGUACGAACUGCAUAAGCCUGCUGAUUCAAGUAUCUCGCAACCGGGUUACUCAUUGACUCUCUUCCCAUCAUUAUUGUCUGCACAUGGAGAAGAGCCUGCCGAUGAUGAGAUUAUAGCUGCCGACAUGAUGGUCCCUAAGCAAUCUGAACCAAUGAAAUCAAACUCAAAUAGAGAGUCUGCUCCUCCAAAUCCAGAUAGCUCUCAUUCCAUUAACCCAUUGACGCUGUUCCCAUCUCUAUUGACUGAACAUGGUGAUGAAACUUCCGAGGAGGAUUUUGUUAUGGUUCCCGAUACUGACAUAAAGUUUCCAAUGAUCUCAGUCGAUAUUGAUGAAUUAAAUGACCCAUCAAACCUCAUUUCAGAGAAGCAGAUGCAUCACCCGACCGCCACUGAGGCACAUCUUCCCAAAAAUUCACCUCCAUCAAGUAUGAUGGAUAGGGAAAUACCUGAUGACGUCACGAGACAAAGCAAGUACGGAAAUGAACAUCAUAAAAUAGUACAGGGAAAUGAACACCAGCCCAGUAACAAACCGAGGCAGACAGCAUUACUGUGGCACAAGCUGAGAUCUCCUUUGAGUUGGCUCAGCAUGUUUAAACCGAUUGCAAGCAGGCGAGUGAAGCAAAAGGCUGUGUCUCAAUCAGGAGCAGAUGGAGAGGAAGGGGAUUCAAUCUUUGCUAAUGUAUCUGUGCUAACAGAAGACUCAGCCUCUUCCUUGGAAGCGAAUUCUUCCUUCAAGAAAGACCUGUCAAGUCCUCUUGAGGCCAUAACAAGCUCAGUUCAGACACCCCACAGUCCAAAAUUCUCAACAAUGUCUCCGAGCCAAAGUCUCUCCAGAUUGACAUCGAUGCAACUAAGCUUUAAUCAGGCCAUUAAAGCCACUCAGAAUUUCUCGCGCUCAAUGAAAAUUGGGAAAGGAAAACUCAGGUUGGUCUACAAAGGACAGCUCGAGGACGGGCAAGUGGUUGCCAUAAAAAGAGUGAAGAGGUUCAAGGUUCAAAUAGAUGAAUUCAGCAGAAAUGUUGAGCUCCUCGUGAAAAUUGACCAUCAAAAUCUGGUGAAGCUGCUUGGGUUUAUCGAUAAAGGAGUUGAGUGUCUCAUUGUUACAGAAUACGUGCCAAAUGGUACUCUCAGGGCACAUUUGGAUGGUGGACACAGUAGAAUUCUCGAUUUUAAUCAGAGGCUCGGAAUUGCUAUUGAUGUUGCUCAUGGAUUGACCUAUCUACACAUGUACUCCGAAAAGCAAAUCACCCAUCAAGAUGUGAAAUCAUCCAACGUUCUUCUGACGGACAGCAUGAGGGCCAAGGUGGCUGAUUUCGGACUCGCAGGGCCCGAGCACAGUCACGUAAAUUCGGUUGUGAAAGGGACGGUUGGUUACUUAGAUCCGGAAUAUAUGAAGAGCCACCAACUCACUGCCAAGAGUGACGUGUACUCCUUCGGGGUUUUGCUGCUUGAGAAUCUCACCGGCCGUCGCCCUGUGGAACUGGAGAGACGCAUAGAUGAGCGUGUCACACUUAGAUGGGUCUUCAAGAAACUUGAGGAAGGAAAGGUACUUGACCUUGUGGACCCUAAAAUGGAAGCAGCAGUUGAUGGGCAGAUACUCAUGAGAUUCUUCGAGCUGGCAAUUCAGUGUGUAGCACCCGUGCAGGCUGAUCGGCCAGACAUGAAAUUAGUGGGAGAGCAGCUGUGGGGGAUAAGAGCAGAUCACAAGAGAUCAAGGAGAGGUUACCAAGUAUAGAACCUGGAUCGAUGAAUGUAGAAUUCGAUAGGCGUCCUUGGAUUUCUGAGUAGAUGAGAAUUACCAUCUUAUGAUUCCUUGUACAUAACACAAUGCGUGCUGUAUAUUUCAACUCAUAGAUUGAGAGAAAUGCUUAUCCGUAGAUUGAGAGAAAUGCUUAUCUAUAGAUUGAGAGAAUUGCUUAUCCAUAGAAACAUUGCUUGACGAGA